AUGGGUGGAGACGGCAAAGUUUUUACCUUGGAGGAGGUUUCUCAGCACAGUAGCUCCCAGGAUUGUUGGAUCAUCAUCCACGGCAAGGUCUAUGAUGUGACCAAGUUCUUGGACGACCAUCCAGGUGGUGACGAGGUGAUAUUGACUUCUACAGGGAAAGACGCGACCGACGAUUUCGAGGAUGUUGGGCACAGUUCGACUGCAAAAGCCAUGCUAGAUGAGUACUAUGUGGGUGAUGUUGACACAGCCACUGUCCCAAUUAAAACCAAGUUUGUUCCUCCUCCAAAGCAGGUCGAGUCUAGCCAGAACAAGAGUUCGGACUUUGUCAUUAAGAUCCUUCAGUUCCUUGUUCCUCUUCUAAUCUUAGGCUUGGCUCUUGGUAUCCGUUCUUACACCAAGACUCCUUCUUCUUGA